CGCUUUCCUCCCUGCUUCUGCCUUUUGUCAGUUAUUGCAUUGUCGCCAUGAAUACACGCUCCUUAUUACGACUGGGCUGGGUUGCCCGUCGCAGUCCCAGUGCCUUUCAACCGGGCUUGUUGCGGAGCUUCUCCAGCUCCGUUCCUUCGCUAUCGAGCAGUCCGCCGCGGGCAUGGACUCCGACGCCGUUUGUGACAGAGACAGUGGGAGGCGGCUGGCAUACUUAUGACAUCUUCUCCAGACUGUUGAAGGAACGAAUUAUCUGCCUCAAUGGCGAAGUCGAAGAAUCCAUGUCCGCCUCCAUAGUCGCCCAACUCCUUUUCCUCGAAGCCGAUAACCCCCAGAAACCAAUCCACCUCUACAUCAACUCCCCCGGCGGCUCAGUAACAGCCGGCCUCGCAAUCUACGACACAAUGUCCUACAUUGCUGCCCCCGUAAGCACCAUCUGCGUCGGCCAAGCAGCAUCAAUGGGCUCCCUCCUCCUCUGCGGUGGCCACCCCGGCAAACGCUACUGUCUCCCACAUUCCUCGAUCAUGAUCCACCAGCCCUCCGGCGGCUACUUCGGACAGGCGACGGAUAUCGCGAUCCAUGCAAAGGAGAUCCUGCGCGUGCGCGAGCAGCUGAAUAAGAUCUAUCAGAGGCAUUUGACGGGGAAUAAGAAGUGGAGUCUAGAUGAGAUCGAGAAGUUGAUGGAGAGGGAUUAUUUUAUGGGGGCGCAGGAGGCGCUCGAUAUGGGGAUUAUUGAUGAGGUUUUGGAUCGGAGGAUUAAGCCUGAAGAGGGGGGCGAGGGGAAGCCAUAGAUUUGAGUAUUUAGGUUGUAACAUUAAUGAUGGUCAUGUCCAUAUCAAUUGAUGCUCGGAUCACUCGUCAAGACAGUGAAAUCAGUUCUGUACAGACAUUGAUUCGUAAAGCGACAUAUAUGUACUUGUACACCAAUAACUCCAAUACAA